AAUUUCAAAGCAUCCGUUUCUCUGUUAAUGGUAGUGGAAAAAUCAGGUAGACCACCUGGUUCAGUUAUUGUCAAAUAUGAUCAAUAUCUUUAUCCAUUCAGCGAUUUACAAUUUGGUGGAAAUAAAGUACGACCAAAGGAUGCAUAUCGACUUCUUAUUUCAGCAUCUGAUGGCACCACAUCUACUCGAUCAAA